GCGCGUAAGAUAAUUUUCAAAUGCUGGCCAAACGCAUCAGGUCGAAAAUCGAUGAACUGUGAAUUAAGAGAAUAUCUAACAUUUCCGAAACGAAACAGGACCGCUAUGUCCCGCCAGAACAAGUCACAGCCGUCGACUUCACGUUCACAUCGAACCCUAUUACCAGUAGUUAGUGCUUCCCAGCAGCACCCACGGGAUGCCCGACCAGUCGUCGACUCAGAGGUAGACAAAUUGGUUGUGAGUAUGGUUAAAACAAUUUUGAACCUAUCGGUGAACAAGCAUCCUAUCAAGAAGACCGAUCUGGUAAAAAUUGGCCUUGCCGGUAACGGUCGUAUGUUCACUCGAGUUAUCGGGCAAGCAAUCAGCGAGCUGAGCGAUGUUUACGGGUAUAAACUCGUGGAAAUGGAGCCAAACAAAACAUAUCUGUUGGUAUCAAACAUUGCCUCGGGUUCAAUGAUGGAUUUGAGUGAGGACUAUCACCGGAAGUACACGCUGCUCUACCUGGUUCUAGGAUACAUCUUCAUGAAGAACGGAAGCAUUCCGGAGCAGUGUUUGUGGGAUUUUCUGGCCAAACUGAACAUCCACAUCGAUGCAGUGCAUCCCUACUUUGGGGAUGUGCGGAAACUGAUAACGGAAACGUUCGUUAAACAAGUCUACCUAGUCCGAAACAGGCAGGAAUUCGGGGGGAUGAGCGAAGAUAGAUUUUACUACAGUUGGGGUGCCCGAGCUAAUCACGAAUUAAGCAAGACGGAUAUUCUGGAAUCGAUGUGCAAGCUGAUGGGGAAGCCUUCGCUUUGCUACCCUUUGCAGCAUGCCAAUGCUUACGGUACGGUGGAUGUGGCAGGCGAUUCGAUGGAUGCUACACAGGGGUGA